AUGGACACCGCUUACAACCAAACUGCAUUUGCCCUGUUGCCUUUAUCAUUUGUCGGAUUCCUUGUUAACUGGUCAGUGUUUUAUAGCUACAUCCGUUUAAGCUCUAUGAAACACUCCUUCGGUUACUUGUCAGCUAAUCAAGCCUUCGCGGACGCCAUGCAUUCCACUACAUUCCUACUUUACUUCUGCCCAAUGGUCUUACUAUUCUGCGCAGUCUGGACACCAUUCAAAUACAAAAAGCUCUUCAAUAUAAACAAUACUUGUGUCGUCAUUCUGAUGAUAUGGGUUGUUGUUGGAACAAUUGAUGUACUGAUAUACGAAUACUUUUGCCACGUGUCAUACAGCGAGCAGUCUCAUUCGUUUGUCUUCUACGAAACAGUAGAAUGCCAGUUCAUUGGUUGGUAUGUAGACUUUAUCAAAAAUUCAAUUACUGUAACAAUCAUCAUGAUUCUGGAUAUUUUGACACUUGUUGGAGUGCGUCAAGCCAGAUUAUCUAUCAGUAUCAAAAAAGAUAAUUGUGCGAUUUCUACCCGUGAGGGACGAUUUCUUAAGCAAACUGUUUCUCAAGGAACUGUUUUCAUGUUGGAGUUGUUAACCUAUUUCGUUGUUCCAAAAUUGACUGAAGAUAUAGUUGUCAUAUUUUUCAGUACAUCCUUUGCCUACGUUGCAGUUCACGUACUCGACGGGUAUGCCAAUUGGUAA